AUGCCCAUCUAUAUUGCCCUUGGAGGCAUGCUGGAUGGUCUGGACAGUAUCCCUUUCAUCUGGCCCAUACUGCGAGCACUCCCAUGGCUACUCGGCUUGUACCUGGUCAAGUCGUUCUUCUCUGGCAGCAGCAAUGGGAGUGAGAGGAAUAUGCAUGGGAAGGUGGUAUUGGUGACGGGCGGCACAAGCGGUAUAGGCGAAGCUGUCGUCCGCAACCUCUCCACUCGCGGUGCCCAGAUAGUGCUUCUCACCCAGCACUCCCUCACCGACCCCUUCAUUGUCGAAUACAUCGACGACAUUCGGAAAGACACAAACAACCAAAUUAUCACAGCCGAACAAGUCGAUCUCACUUCCUUGCAUAGCAUCCGUACUUUCGCAACAAAAUGGAUCGACAAUGCUCCUCCACGACGAUUAGAUAUGAUAGUAUUAUGUGCGAAUACCAUGACACCUUCCGGUGGCAAGAUCAAGAGUACAGCUGAAGGUGUGGAGGAGAACUGGCAGGUGAACUACCUCAGCAACUUCCAUCUCCUGUCCAUCCUCUCACCAGCCCUCCGAGCACAACCACCGGACCGAGACGUGCGAGUCGUCUUCGGCACAUGCAGCAGCUACCUCGGCGGCGACCUCCUCCACAUCACUUCUCCCGGCCCCAACAAGAGCAAGAAAGGCGGUGCAAGCACACCCCCCACCACCUUCUCCCCAGGCAACGCAUACGCCACCUCCAAACUCGCCCUCACCACCUUCGCCCUCGCCUUCCAAAAACACCUCUCCUCCUUCAAACGACCCGACAACAUGCCCAUGAACACCAAAGUCCUCCUCGUCGAUCCAGGCUACAGCCGCACACCAGGCACCCGCCGCUGGCUAACCUGGGGCUCCCUCCUCGGCCUCCUCCUCUACCUCCUCCUCUAUCCCCUCUGGUACCUCGUGCUCAAAUCCCCCGAUAUGGGCGCCCAAAGCUUCCUCUACUCUUGCAUGGACGAAGGAUUUUUGAGAGCAGAAGGCGGAGUCCUAGUGAAAGAAUGUAAGAUCCGGAAGUUCGGGCGCGAGGAUGUGGAGGAUGAGGUGGCGCAGAAGGCGUUGUGGGAGUAUUCGGAGAAGAUGGUUCAGGAGGCUGAGGUGAGGGGAAAGGUGGAGAGGGAUAGGAGGAAGAGGGAGGAGAAGGAGGAGAGGGAGGAGAAGGAGGCGGGGGAGGAGUUGAGGGGGUACAAGGAGAAGGUAGGGAAGAAGGAUGGGGUGAAGGUUGAGGGGAGUCGGAGGAGUAGGAAGGCUGGUUGA